AUGGAAGAACCCCUCCAGUCACAGACACCACAGCCUCCUGAGAGCUGUAGCUCCCCUGGACUUGCCGGAAAACCAUGUUGGAAUUUGGAUUUUAAGGUGGCAGUGCUUCUCGUAACUCUGGCAGGAGCUGUGAUCCUCCUGCUGCUGUACAAACUAUUACAGAUGUGGCACAGGCUAAAGCUGGCCAGGGCAAUACAUGCUUUGGAGUACAACAGCUUUUACCACAGUGCCACGUAUACUCUUCCACAGCUUACUCCUUGUCAGGACAUUACAAUCAAGAAUGGGACCAUCCCAGAGGAUAUUUCUCCAAUCCAAACCAUAACUGCAGUGACUCCUCCUGUUGUCACCCCAGCACUGCCAGCAACUUUAACUCCCUAA